CCUGCAGGAGGAUAUACAACGUAUUUCGUGUCUGCUCCUCCUUAUCAAGCUGUGUGUGCGUGGUUGGCCGCCGCGGGUUCAGCAGUCAGUAGUCACUCAAUGCGAUGCCGACCGAUCCAUGGGGCCAGGCUGCCAGCCCUUGCCCUUGCCUUUCUUUGCCGUUGACUUUGGCCCCCGGCGCAUUGCAGGCACUCGAGACAUCCCAGCCGCUGCCCAUGCAACGUCCAGCAUCCAUGCAUCCAUGCAUGGCCGAUAGCUCAAGUGCGUGGUGGCGUUGCUUGGCGUCAGACCCCGGGCCGGGACACUGGCCACUCGCGCCAACUUUUCUUGCGGCGGGAAGCGAAUCAAAACAACCCAGCCCUGCUUCCCACCAAGAAAAAUCCAAAUCCGCUGAGGCCGAUUUCAACGCCCCAAAACAUCGUGAUAUCGCCCAUCGCUCCAGCCCCAGCCCCAGCCCGCUGCAACGCAGAGGAUGGCAGGACGGAGGGGACCCUGGAGACAUCGUCUGUAGAUCUGUGAAUAGCUGCAGACUGUAAAUUGGACUUGGGCCCUAGCCGCA